AUGGCCAGAAGAGCACCGGCGGCUGCAAAGGCCUCAGCACCGGCUGAGAGCACCAGCAGAGCAUCUUCAGUCGCAAGCAGCAGCAGCAGCAGCAGCGACGGCGAGGAAGACCUCGAUGCACUCUUCCAGGCUUCGAUCCAGGCAUACACCUCGAUGCCCGCGGGGGAGAAGGACAGACAAGAUUUCGCAGAAGACGACGAUGUCAUCCUGCUCGAUGGUAACGACACCGAGAAGCGAUCAAGGGCGAUAAGAGACGACGCCACGCCACGCAAGCCGUCGAAGCUGCCCGCAGCAUCGGACACCAAGGGAAAAGGAAAGGCUGUGGAUAGUCAGCUCGACAAGCUCAGCAGUCGUGACUCGCUGGCUGAGCUAAGGCCGGUGGGACAGAGAGCAAUGAUCAAGAGAAGGCAAGAGGAGCGCGCAAAGACUGCCGGCUCCUCAUGGUACGACAUGCCCGCCUUCCCCACAGAUCCAAAAGCAGGGCCCAGCACGUCAGCAUCUUCGCGCUACUCCUCUUCAGCUAGAGGCCCGACCGCUGAGGAGAUGCGUAGAGAGGUCCAAGCUAUCCGUCUACGCAACGCUCUAGACCCGAAGCGCUUCUACAAAGGAGGCAACAAGGACAAGGGCAUGCCCAAGUACGCUCAACUUGGCCGCAUUAUCUCAUCACCUCUCGAGCCUCGUCAGACGCUGUCCAAGGCCGAGAGGGGUAGGACGGUCGUCGAGGAGCUGGUCAAGGAUGCGCAGGCAUCGGCAUAUGCCAAGAGGAAAUAUGGGGAGCACCAAGUCAAGGCGGCUUCGGGAGGCAGAGGUCACUCUAAGGCCAAGACGAGGAAGCCCAACGAUCGAAGCAAGAGGCAGCGCAGGUGA